AUGGUUGGUGUGAAGAUACACGAGGUCGGAGAUGAGUGGUUGCGUGUCCUGGACAAAACUGCCAGUGGCAGACCGCACAAUGGUUUCAUCUUAGAGGCAUCUCCCCUGCCUCGACCUCCCAUCACACAACUAGGCGCUGCCUUGAUAGGUUCGGCGUCCUUCAAGGUCGAGAGGGACAAGCAAAGCAGAGAAGAUGCAAUAGUGAAUGGAACGCAGGAGGAGUAUUCAUACAAAUCGGCUGGGUGGAGACAUCCCUUGCUGCUAUACGUUGACGGAGUGCUUGAUGAAGGAAAUCUCGGAGCAAUUGCGCGCUCUGCAUACUUCCUAGGAGUCGAUGCCAUCGCUACACCGACGAGACAGAGUGCUCCCUGGAGCCAUAUUGCACUUAAAGCCUCGGCGGGUGCCGCCGAAGCCAUUCCAAUAUUUGCCGUCGCCCAGCCUUCAAGCUUUCUUAUGAAGAGCGCUCUCAGAGGCUGGAGGAUAUACGCAAGUGACGCUAUACCACCAGAGAUAGAACUUCAAUCCUCGGGCACUACAUCUUUGUCACCCAUGAACAGAGAUGAAGAUUGUUCAAGUAAAGUCCUCUACACAUUCGCUCGGAGCUCCAAACGAAUUGCCGACCACUUCCCUGUCGCAAGUCACCCGACAAUUCUAAUGAUGGGCGCCGAAGGAUCUGGCCUGCGAACCAGUUUAAUAAACCAAGCCCACUACAAGGUCGGGAUUCGAGCUGGACGGGAUGUUGGUGAAGUUGGCGUAGACAGCCUUAACGUCAGCGUUGCUGCUUCACUAUUAUGUUAUGAGUUUUUAAAGAGACCAAGACAGGAACGGAAACCUGGCGAGUGGCUUUUCUAA